AUGGCUAUUACCAUAACCUUUGGUGCCAAUGGGCGCUACUACGUCGACAAGGAAUUUGGACGUGAGCAGGGAACUGAUAUGCCUUUCCUACCUAUUCCAAGGUCAACAAAGCUUCGUCGAAUGUUGACUGAAGCAAAUGAAAUGAUUGUUUGCCCCGGCGUUUAUGACGGUCUGUCAGCACGUAUUGCAAUGCAACUUGACUUCAAAGCCCUCUAUAUGACUGGUGCAGGAACUACAGCAUCACGGUUAGGGAUGGCUGACCUCGGCCUCGCUCAACUGCAUGAUAUGAAAACCAAUGCGGAGAUGAUUGCUAAUCUCGAUCCUAACGGACCGCCGUUGAUUGCUGAUAUGGAUACUGGCUAUGGGGGACCUCUCAUGGUGGCAAAGUCAGUACAGCAAUAUAUCCAAGCAGGCGUGGCCGGAUUCCAUAUUGAAGAUCAAGUACUCAGUAAACGAUGUGGACAUCUAGCUGGAAAGAAGGUUGUUAGCAAAGAAGAAUAUCUAAUGCGACUUCGCACCGCUAAAUACACCAUUGAUCGACUUCAAUCAGAUAUUGUUUUGAUUGCUCGGACUGAUGCACUCCAGCAACACGGCUAUGAAGAAUGUAUCGACCGGCUGAAAGCGGCGCGCGAUCUAGGUGCUGAUGUCGGCCUUCUGGAAGGACUCACAUCCAAGGAGCAAGCCCGUCAAGCUGUGAGAGAUCUAGCCCCCUGGCCGCUGUUAUUAAACAUGGUGGAAAAUGGAGCCACCCCUAUAAUCACGACACAGGAAGCGGCAGAAAUGGGCUUCCGCAUUAUGAUUUUCUCUUUUGCUUCCUUGGCCCCGGCGUACAUGGGCAUAAAAUCUGCGCUAGAGAGACUCAAGACUGAAGGAGUGGUAGGCACACCUGAGGGUUUGACUCCUAGAAAGCUGUUUGAGGUCUGUGGGCUGUCGGAAUCGAUGAAAGUCGAUACUGAUGCCGGAGGACUCGCCUUUUCCAAUGGAGUGUAA